AUGCUCAUGGUCUUUGCCUUGCUAGGAAUGCAACUUUUUGGCGGUCGAUCUAACUUUCCCGAUGGAAUUCCAAACCAGAAUUAUGACCGCUUUUUCCCCGCUUUUCUAACUGUCUUCCAAGUACUUACUGGUGAGGACUGGGUUUCGAUUAUGCACACUACUAUCAAUGGUAUGGGUGGAGUCGAUGGUGGAGGGUUCAUUUAUUCUGUCUAUUACGUAAUUGUCACUUUGAUCGGUAACUUUGUACUGCUCAACGUCUUCCUUGCCAUCGCUGUCGACAAUCUUGCCAAUGCCGCUGAACUGAGUGAAGAUGAGGAGGAAGUAGAAGAAGCGCGGAAAAGUAACAUAAAUCGCGAGCUGGACCCGAUAAUCGGCGAAGAUGAUAGCAACGGAGAAGAGGCUGAGGCGAAGCUUCCACCGCUAAUUGACGACUCUUCACUGUUCAUUUUCGAGAAAACGAAUCCGAUCCGCGUGGCCUGCACGAAGGUCAACUCAAGCCCACUCUUCAUCAACUUCAUCUUGGUGAUCAUCGGCCUCAGCAGCCUUGCCCUAGCCGCUGAUGAUCCGAUCGCAACAAAUCCAGAUUUGGUUACAGUACUCUACUACGCAGACUUGAUUUUCACAUGCGUUUUUAUUUUUGAAACGAUCGUGAAAAUUAUAGCGCUUGGUUUUAUUUUGCAUCCCGGCUCAUUUAUGCGGUCUAUUUGGAAUGUUUUGGACAUUAUUGUUGUGGUAGGCGCAAUUCUCGGCCUCGUUCUUGUCGGUGAGCCGCCAGGGAGAGACUGCGAUGAUGAGCUAACUCUCUUCCUCGAACCGAAUUGCAAAAAUGAAGAGCAGGAGAAAGUCGAAGACGGAUCAGAUCUGGGCUUUAUCAAGACUCUCCGUGUGUUUCGCGUACUUCGGCCGUUAAAAUCUGUUCAACGCCUUCCAAAGCUGCAAGCAGUUUUCAAUGGCUUCAUUACGUCGAUUGUCAAUGUCGCACCAAUUUUAUCUAUUUAUGGACUCUUUAUGCUCAUCUUUUCUGUAGUUGGAAUGGAGCUCUUUGGUGGCAAAUUUUUCUCUUGCUCGGAUCCAACAAAAAUGACUGAAGCAGAAUGUACAGGACACAGUAUCGAUGAAGUCGACAGUCUUGGCCAUCCGAUUAGCAUUUCUGAAAAUGAAUGGCUCCAGCACGACUUUCACUUUGACGACUUUCCCAACGCCUUUUUGUCGCUCUACGUGUUCUCAACCGGCGCGAGCUGGCCUGAUGGGCUGUGGAACUCGAUAGAAACCACAAAAGUUGACCGCGGACCUGUAAAGUACAGCCGCAUGGAUUACGCCAUAUUUUAUGUGGUUUUUAUAAUCGUCUUUCCCUUCUUUUUCGUCAACGUUUUCAUCGCUUUUGUUAUUCUAACGUUUCAAUCUGAAGGAGAUGAUCAGCUUGCGGAGCAGUGUUCUCUCGAAAAAACCGUAAUUCAAUGCAUUGACUAUGCUAUCAACGCAAAGCCAAUAAGCAAGUAUAUGCCAAAGAAUAAAAAGUCGUAUCAGUUCAUUAUUUGGAAAAUCGUCACCAAUGAAUAUUUCGACAACUUUAUCCUUCUACUUAUUAUUCUCAAUACAGUAACGUUGAUGAUAAAACAUUACUCGAUGUCAAUCGAGUUUGAAUUCAUGCUGUCUGUGACCAAUGUUUGCUUUACCACGCUGUUUUCAAUUGAAUGUACGAUGAAAAUUUUUGGCUUCGGGCCGUUGAACUACUUUUCUGACGCUUGGAACUUGUUUGAUUUCGUUACGGUUGUCGGCUCUUUGCUCGACACUUCUCUGGUAUUUCUCCUCCCGGAAGAUUCCAACGUUAACCUCGCGAUUUUGCGACUUUUCCGCGCUGCCCGUUUACUGAAGCUUCUGAGACAAAGUGAAAAUAUCAGAAUUCUGCUUUGGACCUUCAUGCAAUCUCUCAAGUCAUUACCUUAUGUGUGCUUACUUAUCUUUCUUUUAUUCUUUAUCUAUUCAAUUGUCGGAAUUCAAAUGUUUGGCAACAUCAAAUUGGAUGAAGAGUCAGAUAUUAAUUACCGGAACAACUUUCAAAACUUUGGCAUGGCUAUGUUACUUCUCUUCAGAGUUUCAACUGGAGACGGGUGGCAAGGAAUCAUGCUCAGUUGCAUUGAUGCAGAAUGCGAUCCAGCGACGCUGAAAGCCGGGUCGACGAAACGAUGUGGGAGUAAAGUUGCGAUUCCCUUCUUUACGACUUUCAUUUUUUUAGGCUCGUUUAUCAUGCUAAAUCUCUUCGUGGCUGUCAUCAUGGAUCAGUUUGAGUUUCUAACCAAAGACUCAUCAGUGCUAGGGCCUCAUCAUUUAGACAAAUUCGCUGCGGCUUGGUCAGACUACGACCCUCACGCAACGUGGAAGUGCAAGUACACCGACGUGCAAAAGAUACUCACGCGACUUCAUCCGCCGCUAGGAAUGGGAGAUAACGCGCCGCAAAGAUUGGUCUAUAAGCGUCUUAUAGACAUGGAUUGCCCACUAGAUGAGGAUGGAAAGGUGCACUUUACGACAGUUCUUAUUGCCAUGAUACGCUGCAGUCUGGAUGUCUAUCAGAUUUCUAAAGAAGACUCUGAUUAUGCAACUUUCAAGGAUAAGUUAAAACUUGACGCUGAGUUUCGGGAGCAGGUGGAAAAGCAAUGGUGUCAACUUUCGAAGUCGAGAAUCGACGAAAUUAUACCUCCGGAGAACUCGAGGAAUUUAAAAACUCUGACUUUGGGAAAGAUCUAUGGAAUAUUAUUAAUGUUUGAGCAUUGGCAGGUUUAUGAAGAUAGAAGGGACAUGAUAAGAAGGACGAAGUUUGAAAUGAACAAGAAGAAGGAGAUUCAAGAUAUGAUCCAGCGCCUAAAAAUGUACGAAGCGAGAGAAAAAUUGGCGAAUAGAGGGAUUGAACUGCCAGUGAUACUCCCCAAAAAAGAAGAAAAAAUUCAACCUUCUUUGGCGAUUUUAACGAUGUCAAAAGAAGAAGUCUCCGACAAGUAUAUUUUGGAAGAUAACUUCUCCAGACCUGAGAUUGAUCAGGAAGUAGAGCAAACUCAACGAAGAUCGAUGCCACGAAUAUAUGUUCAAGGGUCGAUAGAUCAAGCCGAAGUAACAUCGGAAGAAACAAUGGAAGAUGAAAAACUGAGUGAGCAGUCCUUUUUUCCAAUUCCGAAACCAAGGCUCACUAAAACUCUAUCUGUGCCUAUUCCAAAGCCUCGACUAUCGACAUAUUCUUCUUUUGUCGACUACAGAACCUCGAUUGCAGAUUCCUGCAGUCUCCCAUCAAUGAAUUUUUCCGAGAGUGAGGAUGACCACGACUGCUUUGAGACUGAAUUACCUCUCUAA